UUCUUUUCGCCACCUGUCUUGCCUGGCCGCCCCGGGGCAUUCAUUCACGAAAGGACCUCGAUUGCAGGCAUGGGGAGGAGUUCGUUCAAAAUGUUGUUCAGGUGGACUCGCCUGCCUUGGAUCCCCAUUCGAUGGCGUGGGCUCCGGCAGUCCUUUUUUGCCUGCCUCUCAUUCCCAAUUCAGUGACAACCGCUUAUUGAAUGACACGCUCAGCGAUUUGAGUUACGAAAUACAGCCUGCUUACUUUGCCGGCAAGUCCAGCUUGCGAUCCGGCAGAGGUUGGAAUAAAACCCGAGAUGAGGACGAUCCCCGCGGCAUGCUGUGCAAAGACCGUUCAUCCCACGGCCAUCAAAGAUUCCCCCGUCGCUCAAAAGAUCAUUCGACCAGCCUCCUAGGUGACAUUUUUCCGAGCGUGAUACAGACACACAUCAUCAACAGACGCCCGUGCUCAGAACGGUGCUGUCCUCUUCGCCACCCCGUCUAUUCUCGACAGCUCUUCAGCAGGAGACAUGGAAAAGGGGUCCAUUCUGAGUGUUGGUUGUGCCCUGGUUUCUUUGCCGUUGCUUUCCAUCCGAGUGUCUACGAUCGGUCUCGACCUCCAGCGACAGCGACAACGACGACCGAAAUGACGACGUAUCUCCGCCACGUCUGCGCAACACCGAAUGAAAAGUCGGUCCCGGGGGCCAGCAAGUCCUCCCGGGUUUGAUUCUUUUUCAAUCCGCCUGUACUGUGGGGGUCGUGCUCGAUCAAGUGCGGAUGACCUAGCUCCUCCUGUCUCGCGUGCGCCGACGGCCUCUCCUAUCUAGUCCAUCUCUCUUCCUCCCCCUCCCUUUUCUCUUGAUUACCCAUCCCCUUCGCCAGGCUUCUCGCCACCUUUCCCCGCCCCCACACCCACUAUCUGGAUGUCGGAUACAUGGUACUCUAGUAGCUCGACGCUGACAACGACGCCGCCGGCACGCUCUUCACCGGCUCUCUAUCCCCCCGCGUCAGCUCUGGGUCUCGGCCUGGGCCGCAGAUCGCAGCUGUCGAAGGAGACGACAAGGCUGACCUGCGGCGCCCCGCUGGGAGUCCCACCGGAUCUCCUUGCCGCGCAGCUGGAGGUCGGAGGGGACGGAGAAAAGGAGAGGUAUCGGGUCCCGUGCUUGCCCACACCGCUGGAAUCGUCGGCUCCGGAGCCGGGGUGUUCCGCCCAGCGCACUGGCACGAGGAGCACAGGGUGCGGGGCGCUCGUCCACGCCAGAGCGUCGCCGACAUCCGGCAGGACAUGGUAUGCGCCGGGCGAAGGAUCCGGCGCCACAGUUAUUCCGCUCGGGGACGAGUACUUCACUGUUGCGCAGAAGAAAAUCCUCGGUGGAGGCCCGCGGGUCGACGUGUGUGGGUGUGUGACCAACGGCGUCGGGUGUGCGGUUUGCGGCAACACACUCGGACUGCUCAAAACUGCAUGCAACUCCCACGCGGACUGCUUUUCGGGCUUGCCGCGGGUCCACUACACGCUCCUUUCGGAUGCCGUCUCUCCGCCUCUUGCGCGGCGUCGCAAACACACCCCUUCCCAUUCACCCUCUCCGCACGUCCUUGACAUUGUCGAUGCGAUCACACGACGUAGCCGCGAGCCCUCGCCACCGCGCAUGCAGCGCCAGGCGAGGGGUUUCGGCUUCUCGCGGAUGAAUCACAGCACGGCAUCGGCUGCACACUCCCCGACCAUGCCUCCCUUGGAGGUCAUUACCGACUCGGAUGAUGAGAAUCGCUACGGUCGGCUACACACCGGGCACGGACUGGCGCCUGGCUUUGGCUACGACACAUCUGAUUACACAUCUACUCAUGGACGCGCUCGUACAACCCCGGUCGAUCGUGUACUGCAUUACAGCCCACCACUAUCUGAUGCUGCUGAAGCAGCCGGCGGCAUCUAUGCAGAUGCGUCGGCGGACAUGCUGGUCUUCCGUCCCGCGGGCAGUGGAUACUACCCUCGGAUACCCGCAGGCAUGUCUUCGUCUUCCUCGUCGGCGUCCGCAUGGUCCACGACCUCUUCAACUCCCACGCCAAUAUCGAUUCCAAUCCCGGCAUCACCCAGCUCGGUCUCGCGCGCCCAUUCGACUCCGCCGGGCACGACCAUUCCCAGAUCGGAGGAGCUGCCCAUGUCGGAGCGGGAUUCCAGUGCGGUUGCGUUGCGCUAUCGACAGCCGUCGUCACAUCCUAUGCGCAGUGGGCUCAGUGCGCCGGCUGGUGCCAGCCGGAUGGUGCGGUCAGCUGAGCGGUGAUCCAUCCUGGCCCUUCAUCUUUGUGAGGACUGUUAGUCCGCAUAUAAUGCCGAUGUUCUAGUUAAUACUCAAUAAUGCGGUAUCUAUCUAAUCAUGUACUCACUCGUGUACGUACUUACUAACUAAUACAAUGGCGGAGAGGACCACGAAGUGUCCCAGAUGAAUCCCAGACCAAAA